AUGGCCGAGAAAAAGGCGGACGCCCCGGCAGCUGGCAUGCUCUGGGGGGCAGGUGCGAUUGAUCCUCUCAUGCACAAGUACAAUGCCUCCAUCCGGUACGACAAGGCUCUUUACAGAGAGGAUAUCCUCGGAUCGAUUGCUUUUGCCAGAGCCAACUCAAAGGCUGGCAUCAUCAGCCAAGACGAAUUUCAGGCAAUUGAGCGUGGUCUGCUCCAAGUGAUGGAAGAAUGGAAGCAGGGAACUUUCGCCAUCAUGCCGAAUGACGAGGAUGUGAGAAGCCACUCGUUUUUUACUCAACUUGUCGAGGCUAACACAAUGGACCAGAUUCAUACGGCAAACGAACGUCGCUUAGGAGAGGUUAUCGGCAAGGACAUCGCGGGUCGCAGCCGCAAUGAGCAAGUUGUCUGUGACAUGCGCAUGUGGUUGCGCGAUCGAAUCCGCGAAAUCGACAGCCAACUUGUUGCAUUCCUCAAGGUCAUUGUCACACGCGCCGAGUCAGAAAUCGACUACAUCAUGCCUGGGUACACUCAUCUCCAGCGUGCUCAGCCAGUUCGAUUCUCUCAAUGGCUGAUGUCAUAUGCCGCUGCGUUCAAGCAGGAUCUUGAGCGGUUGCGUCAAGUUUUCGAAAGGGUUAAUCUGAGUCCACUUGGUUGUGGCGCUUUGGCCGGCAACCCAUUCCGAAUCGAUCGAGACAUGAUAGCUGAAGAGCUUGGUUUUAGCGGAAUAACCUUAAACUCCAUGAACACUUCGGCCGACCGCGAUUACCUAGUCGACUUCCUGGUCUGGAACUCGAUUUUCACCAACCACGUUAGCAGGUGGGCUGAGGAUCUCAUCCUAUAUUCGACAUCUGAGUUCGGUUUCGUGCGGCUGGCCGACGCCUAUUGCACGGGUAGCUCUUUAAUGCCCAACAAGUUCAACGGGGACUCGUUAGAGCUUCUCCGUGGCAAGUCAGGGCGCGCUUUCGGUCAAAUGGCUGGGCUAAUGAUGACUCUGAAAGGCUUGCCCUCUUGCUAUAACAAAGAUCUUCAGGAAGGGUGGGAGCCUAUGCUGGAUUCGGUUCAGACUGUGUCGGAUAGUCUAGGCAUAGCCAAUGGGGUUAUUUCUACCCUCAAGGUGCGGCCAGAGCGGAUGGAGGCUGCUCUCGACAAAACGAUGCUGGCCACUGAUGUUGCAGAGUGGUUGGUGAGGAAGGGAUGUCCGUUCAGAGAGGCUCACCACAUCUCUGGACGCGUCGUUGCACUGUCUGAAAAGCUGGAAAUUUCGAUGGACAAGCUGACCCUUGAGCAACUGCAAGCCAUUGAUCCUCGGUUCACAGCAGACAUUGUGGAGGCAUUCGAAUAUGAAUCGAGUAUCGAGGCGAAAUCGGCUAAAGGCGGUACCAGCCGAUCAAGCGUGCUGGAGCAGAUCCAGAUUAUCAGGGCUAUGUUGGAUUAG